AUGCAUCGCUUAUUUAUAGGCUCAAGCAUUGCCCUUUCUCUCAUUUUGACUACCACAGCCCUCUACCACAAUCCUGAAAAUCACGGUCACUGGAACGAACUCCGAGAUAUCGCAAACUCACCAUCCAAGCAGAAAAUAGGACCGCCCCUUGUCAUCGACACUUUCCAAAACCCAACUCACAACGACUUGGGAUUCUGGCACGGCUCCGGCGAGAACCUUUCAGUACAACAUGGACCAGGCUUCAUCCGUCUACUCCCACGAGAUCCAGAUCAGAACUUUCACACCCAGUUCGAUUCCAACACUUGCUACAGCUUGAUGCCAUGGUAUCAUGACUUCCUGCAUGUAGUCUUCGAAGGCACAGAUCAAUUUAGUGUCUCAUUGAAUCAACACAACGACGAAUGCAAUCCCCAACGCAGUCCUUUUCCCAGCGUUGCAGAUACAAUUCAAGCAGAACGGUACGUGGUCCACCCAACCUCAGAGCGGUCCCGUGACGGAGAUUGGGACGACGACAAAGACAAUGACUACGAUGACGAUGACGAAGAUGAUAUAGACGUGGAUACACCAGGACACAACAGUGGCAAAAAUGGGAGACACCGUAAGAAUGGCCGCCGACGCAAACAUGCCAAAGGCAGUGCCAGAAUCCCAAUAGGCCUUCGUGAUCUCUAUAUUCCUCUCACGCAUUUCGAGAUUGAUUUCAACCGAGUUGUCUCUAUUUCCUUCCAUGGCUUCUUUACCAAAGAGCCCAUGACCUUGCACCGCGUUGAGAUCGUGUCGGGAGUUCCUCAGCCAUCGCCGGAGAAUGGCCAUUUUCGUUUGCCGGGGAAGCUUCCAAGUGGGAGGUUGGUGCUUCGUUGUUCGCGUCCGAACUCUUUUGCUUUUGGCAUUGAUGAUGGACAGCCUCAGUUUUCUCAGAGGAUCAUGCGUAUCCUUGACGAGGAGGAUGUGCGAGUGACUUUUUUCGUUGUUGGGGCUGGACUUAGGGAUCGGUCGUCGAAUUUCACUGCGUUCUAUAAAGAUAUGUUGAAGAAGGGUCAUCAGAUUGCCUUGCACUCGAAUACUCAUCCAAAGAUGGAGUCCCUUCCUACCGUUGGCCAAAUUGACGACGAGAUCAUCCAGACCAUACAGGUAUUCAAAGACCAACUGGGUAUCGAGUCUUCAUACUUCCGCCCUCCAUUCGGCACCGUAGCAGCACGCCUGCGCCAACAACUCGCUCGACACAUCGCAAAUCCCUAUAUCGUGAAUUGGAGCGUGGAUGUCGAGGACUGGCUGUGGGCCAAUACCUCCGCACCAGAAAAACAACUGGAGGCAUUCUACCGCGGCGUGGGAAAGGGAGGAAACCUCGCAGUGAUGCACUACCUGAAUCCGACGACAAUUGGGUAUCUCCCGCAGUUCAUUCAACAUGUCAAGAGUGCCGGAUAUCAGAUCAUGCGCAUUGAUCAGUGCUUGGAGGAUGUGUCUGCUCCGCCACUAUGA